AUGGAUAUCCAGCAAUAUCAACCACUGCCGCAAAACAAGAUCCACCAAGCAAGAGAAACCGACGAUGGCGACUUACACCAAGAAGAUAUCUUUAGCACAAGCUCAACAACAUCCGUCAACUCAUUGUUUGAUUUUCCAACAGCAUCCACUUCAACAACAACACCCAUACUAUCACGCAAUGAAUCUAUGAAACAAAAGUUUAUCAAUCCCGGGUACAAGCUCACACCCUCGAUUGAAGAAUUCACCACCAAAUUAGACAAGAAACUCAAUCAGCAAUUGAGAAAAACAACUAUAAAUUCUAAUAGUACUACCAGUAACACCACCACCAACAAAAAUGCUUCAACAAACACUAGUACAACAAACAUUAGUACUCGCAACAAUACUAAUGAAUUGAAAUCCAAGUUAGUAGUGUUGCUCGUGGGUUUACCAGCCUCGGGCAAGUCAACAUUAUGCCACCAACUAAACUCAUAUAUCAAUAACUACACGCAAUACACAAGCAGAAUAUACAAUGCCGGAGACGUGCGUCGUAGAAAGUCUUUGGGAAUAUUCAAUGACUCACGCUUCUUUGACCCAAAGAAUAAAGAAGCAAGACAAGAUCGUGAAUUGUACGCAUCGAUUGCAAUCUCCAAUUUGAUCAAGGACAUUACCUCCCCUCCUCAAAACAAAAACUCAAUCGAUAUUGGGUUUUUCGAUGCUACAAACACGACAAAAGACCGCAGACAACGCAUGCUAGAAACUAUUCACACCAACAAUACCCAAAAUGUACAAUUACGCACAGUCAUUCUCGAUGUACAGUGCAAUAACCAACACAUGAUUGACUACAAUAUCUGCCAGGGAAAAGUGUACAAUGCAGAUUACGCUAAUUUACAAUCUGAAAAAUCCCUUGCAGUACGUGAUUUCAAACAACGCUUGCAACAUUAUCGCGAAGUAUACGAGCCAGUCAGCUGGCAAGAAUUGGACGCAUACGAUGACCAAGAAUUGAUCACUGCAUAUGUCAAAUGCAUCAAUGCAGGAGAAGUGUUUGACGUAUCGCUAGGCAAGAAUGUCACAGCACACGAAGAAGAAGAAGCAGAAGAGGAAGAGGAAUUAGAUGGAUGGUACAUAAAAAUUAUUGAAAAGUUUCGUACGAGAUACUACGAAACAGAGGGGAAAAAGUACCACGACCAAGUCAAAGAAUGGGAGAAACUGCAAGGGUAUACAAAUUGA